GGAAUGACGCCAUUUCCGCCCAGAGUGUGUCGAAUCCGUUUCACCGAAAGUGCAGUUUGACUAUUCUGUCGAGCCAAGAUGGCGUCGGUUUGGGAUGAGGCAGAGGAUGGCAUCGGCGAGGAAGUGCUCAAGAUGUCCACGGAAGAGAUUGUGCAGCGCACCCGCCUCCUCGACAGCGAGAUCAAGAUCAUGAAGAGUGAGGUCUUAAGAGUGACCCAUGAACUACAAGCCAUGAAAGACAAGAUCAAAGAGAACAGUGAGAAGAUCAAAGUCAAUAAAACUCUUCCUUACCUUGUUUCCAAUGUCAUAGAGCUACUGGAUGUUGAUCCCAAUGACCAAGAGGAAGAUGGAGCAAAUAUUGAUCUUGAUUCUCAAAGGAAGGGGAAGUGUGCUGUGAUAAAAACCUCCACUCGCCAGACUUACUUUCUGCCAGUGAUUGGGUUAGUUGACGCUGAAAAAUUGAAGCCUGGAGACUUAGUGGGAGUGAACAAGGACUCUUACCUGAUACUGGAGACCUUGCCCACAGAAUACGAUUCACGGGUAAAAGCCAUGGAGGUAGAUGAGAGACCUACAGAGCAGUACAGCGACAUUGGAGGACUGGAUAAACAGAUUCAGGAGUUAGUAGAAGCUAUUGUUCUACCAAUGAAUCAUAAAGAGAAAUUUGAAAACCUGGGUAUCCAGCCUCCCAAAGGAGUACUGAUGUAUGGACCCCCAGGAACAGGGAAGACCCUCUUAGCAAGAGCAUGUGCUGCACAGACAAAGGCUACGUUUUUGAAGCUGGCAGGUCCACAGUUAGUGCAAAUGUUCAUUGGAGAUGGAGCCAAGUUGGUGCGAGAUGCCUUUGCACUGGCCAAAGAGAAAGCACCUUCUAUCAUCUUCAUUGAUGAACUAGAUGCCAUUGGCACAAAAAGAUUUGAUAGUGAAAAGGCUGGUGAUCGUGAAGUACAGAGGACCAUGUUGGAAUUGCUGAACCAACUCGAUGGAUUCCAACCCAAUACACAAGUGAAGGUGAUUGCUGCCACCAACCGGGUGGAUAUCUUGGAUCCUGCUCUACUCCGUUCAGGACGGCUGGACCGCAAGAUUGAGUUCCCAAUGCCCAAUGAGGAGGCCAGAGCCAGGAUUAUGCAGAUUCACUCACGCAAGAUGAAUGUCAGCCCUGAUGUGAAUUAUGAAGAGUUGGCUCGUUGUACAGAUGACUUCAAUGGUGCCCAGUGCAAGGCUGUGUGUGUAGAAGCGGGAAUGAUUGCACUGCGGCAUGGAGCUACGGAGCUGACCCACGAGGAUUACAUGGAAGGAAUCUUGGAAGUGCAGGCCAAGAAGAAAGCCAACCUACAAUAUUACGCUUGAAUCUUUCAUCUACAAUUGUUUAUUAAGGCCUUGACUGAAAAAGCAGGCUCAAAACACUUGGAACUGAAUUGUAUUACUUUCUUUAAAGUAACGGGGGGUGGGGGAAAUAAAACAUCUGCUUUGAUGAAGAAA